ACAGUGGUUUCCUCCACGGACAACCGGAAGUGGUCGCGAAUUUGAACAGCCAUCACAGCAACGCGCACUUUCACUUUACGGUAACAGAGGGGUCCAAGCUGAAGGCAGCUGAAUGGAGGAGACGAAAGUACGAGCAGCUAAGAAAAAACAAGACGCUAUCAUGAGCAAAGAAGAGGAAAYGAGUGUUGACGUCUCCAGCAACACUCUGGUUAAAAGAAAAAGAGGAAGGAUGCCGAGUUCUAAGAAGUCCAAGGUACUUGUUACGGACAUUCACCCGACUGCGCUGGAUUCGGCCAAGUCCAACGGCGAGUCCGCGCAGCCUCGCAGAGGACGAGGACGUCCGAGACUCUCUGACGCAAAACAAACAGAGCAGCAAGGAGUAAGACCGAAAACGACUGCCGUGGUUCAGACGGCUGAAAACGUACUGAACGGCGGCUCCGAUGCGCCUAAAAGAGGACGACCGAAAGAAACGAUAAAGUGCAAGCCGGAGCGCUUAGCGAGUGGAGAGGAAGAAGAGGGCAGCCCUGUGACACCUCGGAAAAGAGGCCGACCAAAAAGGUCUCCCGAUAAGGAGCCGAGGAUAGAAAAUACUGUGAGCAGUGAGGGGGACAGCGAAACCGAUGGAAGCCAAAAUUCAGUGGCAAGAGAAAGAGGACGGCCAAGGAAGCACACUGGGGAGGCAUCAAGUGGCAUUUCAGAUCCUCCUCCGAGUAGAAGAGGUAGGCCAAGAAAAUGUAUUGAACAAAAAGAACUGGUUACAGAAGGCUCCCAGCCAGAGAGGAGGGGCAGAGGUCGGCCUAAAGGUUCUUUAAACAAGAGUAGGCUGCUCAAUAAAGUAGGGCAGCUUCUUAAAGUGCCUGGUCUCCCUGCCAAAGGGAAGAAGCGUGGUCGACCUCGACAGCAACCGGCCAAAAGAGGAAGACCGAGGAAAUACCCUACGCCACCACCCGAGGAGGUAAAGAAGCCCAAAGUGUGGAAGCCGCUGGGAAGGCCAAGAAAAUAUCCCCGCGUCGAAGCAUCAGAGGAAGCUCUGCCGGCCCCUCGAAGAAGCCGCGGUCGGCCUUGCAAGUCGGACUCAAAGAAAGGCGCUCACCUGCGCAAAAACGCCCCUUCUGCUUUAUCCGCACCRCGCGCCGACGGAGUUCAGAGGAAAAGGGGCCGUCCAGCGAGCGCCGCGAAGGGCGAGGGGGAUGUCCCGAGGAAAAGGGGCCGUCCCAAAGGCUCGGUCAACAAAAACCGAGCCAGAAGUGUUUCACAGCUCGACAGCUUGCACUUGAAAGCAGAGAGCGAUUUGCCUGCUGGUGGGGUGGAAAGUGAAGUCGGUUUUGAUACGGAAAUUAUUCUUAUCUGACAUGAACGAUACGAAAAAAAAUAACUGUCCUCAACCAGGACGUGAGCUUGGUCCGGUCUGACCAAAACAAUUAAUGAAGUUGUUGCUGUUGAAACAUAGCAUACAUAACAGGUUUUUAUCGUUUUAACAGUUUGCUAGUCUAGGAAUUUAUCAGCUUUCUUCUUUUUCUGACUAACUUGCUCAGUUUGUUUUCAUCAUGCAUGUUUUUAACUCUUURAUUGUCUCAUCAGAGUAAACAGGAUCAUCUUAACAUGAUCUAACGAACUCAGAGUUUAUCCUUUAAUUUGGAGAAACUCCAGCUUUUYGGUUCUAGAAACACUGAUUACAUCGAGGUUAAAUGACUGUGAGUUUGUUAAAAAGAAAAGAAAAAAUAAAGAAAGAGAAAAUACCUCUUAAACUCUUUUCUGGGCCAAUAUUUUCUAUCUAGAUAAUCUCUAAAAUCAAUGUUCCCAUCCUCAUCACUGAAUGGGUUUAUAAAGAUGAAAGGUUUUGUAAAUUUUCAUACAGGUUUCCAUCAAGUGACUUCAUUUCCCCCCCUUUUUUUUUUUAGCUUUUCCUCAAUUUGUGGCAAAUUUGCAUGAGUUUUGUGUGCAAUGUGUCGUUUCCUUUGCUCUAAAGUGGUAACAAAAAAUUUAGUCUGUUUUAAGACAAAGUGAUUCAAAUAUGAGAAAUAGUUCAAAGAGAAUACUGACUAAACUCAGUUGUAAAAACAAAAAUAAUAAUGUACCACAGCUCAAUUUGUUAUCAGCCAGAUGUUUGUAUGGCUCUUAUUUUUAGUUAAUUUAAAUGUAAACUUUUUUUUUGAGAAUAUUUCUCUAAGGAGUGCCCGGGCCUUCCGCUCUGAGUCAGAACUUUUGCCCUUUUUUUUUCUAUAUUUUGCUUGUGUUGUGUAAUUGUAAUGUGUUGUAGUUUUUCUCCGAAGUUAUUAACUCAUUUUUUAUCAGCCUUAACGUCAAAGCUUUGAAUGUACCAUCAAUAGAUUAACUGUUCAUGAAACACAUUCCUGCACAGGACACUAUGUUAGAAAUUAAUUUUUCUCCUUCCUGUWGUUUCCUCCUCAGUGCAUUUGUCUCUGCUCUUCAUAUGUCACUCUAAUUUUAAAGAUUUUCUUAGUUGUGCAGACGUAAUGUUUUAGUGAUGAUUGGUUUUACCAACACUGAUUAUUCUAAGCACCUUGUACAGCAWAUACCAUUAUUACUAACAACUUUGUGAAUCAAAGACAGGAUUGAAGUUUACACAUUAAUGUAAUUUGCCUUGGCUUUGUGAAGUCAAAUCACUAAGUGAUAUUUGCAUUUUUGUGUUUUGAACAAGAGGCCAAAAAUUAGCUGAACUGAAAUAAAAUGUUGCCAUUUUAA